AUGGCGAUUGAUGGAAGCGGGGAGACCGGUGGCAGUGGCCAUCUUGGGGUUUUCAACCCUGCUCAAUCUUCAGGGAGCCCCGACGACCCGAAAGCUGAACUGGGAGGGCCCUCUUUCAGAAAGAAUGCAUCAAGGACUUCUGGCCAAAAGGCAGAUAGGAUAGAGAAUGGCAGUCACCAGUUUGAGGCCGCUGAAGCCGGUCAGUCAACCGAUGUUUCUCCCAAGGACCAGGACCAAGACGAGGUUUUAGUCAGCCUUCUUUCUGGUCCUCCAGGCGAGGCUGAGUCCAAGGUACCCGAGUCUCAGCCCCAUUUCUCAGACGAGCCCUCAUUCAAACGGGCUGGCCUAGUGCCAACUGCACCAGAUCCAGACUGGAAGAAGUGGCCUGAGUUGACCAUCAGACUCGGAAAUAUACCGUAUUCGACACUUCCGCUAGACCUAUAUCGAACCCUGGAAAAGCAUGGGGGCAAGAUAAUCUUCGCCGAAGUACUUGAGGAUGGAAAAGGCUACUGCAGGAUCGGAAGGGUACGGUUCAGCCCUCCGCCGGCCAAGGCCUUUUGGGAAAAAUCCUUCAUAUGGAUGCGCUCAGCUGGCCAGAACUGCAAAGUCCUUAUCGAAGUCGAGCCACCCAAGCGAAUGAUGGAUAGCACGGUCAGAAGUCCCAUCAACGCUCGCCUAUGGUACAGCAGGAUCAGCAAGCUGAGCCCUAUCUCUUUGGACUUCGGUGUUAUGCUCGGUGACGCUACCAUGCUACGAAUGAAAUCAAUCGAACGCGAGUUCACCCCCGAGAAGGAUGGGGGGCUUCAGCUCACCGUCGAUCUCCUUCGAAAGCAGAUCGUGGCUUCAUUUGGAGUCAAAUUCGCAACGAGGCCUACGCAAUUCUACAAGUUCGUCUUGGAUUUUCACCAAUUAAAGAAGAUUCACUGGCGUAAAGCUGGCCCAACUGCCUGGGAAUUAACCAUUCCACUCGACUAUCCUCCUCAUUACUUCUGGAAGAGAACAAAUGUCGAGGAAACUUUCGCCAAGAACGCGACGGUUUGGACGGAGGGAUGUCUGUGGUACCGAGUUACCGACAUUGCGACAGACGCAGGUGGUAUUAUGUUCCGUCAACUCUCGCCCUAUGACUCGCAGGAGAUCACAGAUCCGGCUUUCAUCCAUCUUGGAAGGUGGACAACUUUCAGGUUCAUCUUGGAAGAAUGCACGGAGUUGACCACCGUUCUUCAGGCUCUUGGGGAUUUCAACGUUAACAUCGAUUCCGAGACGGAGAUAAAGGUGGACAGCCGCCUAUCGCCUCCAUUCUGGACACUCGCGAAUUUAGAGCCUGAGAUGCGGCGCGACUUAGCUGAUAAGUCUGAGACCCUCGCGAAGAUCAUCGAGACAUCAUCAACCAUAUUAGACAAGAUGCCGUUCGAGAUCAGGUAUCAGCUCGACGUAUGCAUAUCUCGCGGUGCGCUUUCAGAAUAUGCUAUAGACCCCGAGUUUCUGGAAAAACUUGGCAGUCUUGACCCGAAGGAGGCAAGACGCAUUCUCGAGUACGUCGCCGACAACGAAGAGCGUAUUAGCGACCCGAUGUCAAUCUUCGAAAUGGAUGAAGAUACCCCCUUUAGGAUGGAAGCCCUGAGUCUGAGGGUGCCUCACUAUUGCGUGGUGACUCGGAAGGUUAUGGUGACCCCGACAGGGGUGUACUUCACCUCGCCAGGCCUUGAGAUCGCCAAUCGAGUUCUCCGGAAGUACAGAUCUCUACAGGACCGCUUUAUUCGUGUUCAGUUCACUGGAGAACUUUAUGAAGGCCGAAUCUAUCCUCGAAGUGAGAGCGAACAGGACGACGAGAUGUACAAACGUGUUCUUCGCGUCCUCACACGCGGCAUUCGAAUCGGGGCACGCCACUACGAAUUCCUAGCUUUUGGAAACUCGCAGAUUCGGGAGAACGGUGCUUACUUCUUUGCCGGCACAGACGAAGUUUCUUGCGAUAGUAUCCGCGAGUCAAUGGGUGACUUUUCUCGCAUCAAGACCGUGGCCAAGUAUGCCGCUCGCAUGGGACAAUGCUUCUCCACGACCAGAGAAAUUCGAACCAUCAGCAUUCCAAAGAUUCGCCAUGUCAAUGACAUUACGAACAAAGCAGGCUACUGCUUUACUGAUGGGGUGGGUAAAAUAUCCCAGUUCCUAGCCAAGAUGAUUGUCCAAGAAUUGGGGAUGGGCUGUUUGGAAAUCAUUCCCUCGGCGUUUCAAUUCCGCAUGGGCGGAUGCAAAGGUGUCCUCGCGGUCUGGCCGGACGCUAAGAAGCGGGAAGUGCAUAUUCGGGAGUCCCAGUUCAAGUUUCCCUCCAAGUUCAAUGGUCUUGAGAUCAUUCGAUGUGCACAGUUCGCCGUUGCCACCCUGAACCGACAAACCAUUACCAUCUUGUCCUCGCUGGGUGUCAAGACGGAGGCGUUCCUUACCCUGUUGAACAUCCACGUUGAUAAGCAUAACAACGCUCAACUUAGCAGCCGGGAUGCCAUCACUCUUCUUCGCCAACAGGUAGACGAAAACCAGACUACUUUGACAUUGGCCGACAUUAUCCUCCACGGUUUCAAAGAGCCAUCCGUGCAAGAGCCAUUCAUAGUCACCGUUCUCAACCUGUGGAGGGUCUGGUCUCUCAAGCUAGUCAAGGAGAGAGCGAGGAUCCCCGUAGAGAAGAGCGCCUUUGUCUUGGGUUGCGUUGACGAGACUGGGACACUUCGAGGUCACAAGAAGUCUACGGAGGGCUCAACUAGACAGGGCCGGGACUUGCUACCGCAAAUCUUCCUCCAAAUCACGGACAGUGAAGACCAGAGGAAUGCAACUGUUAUCACGGGCGUUUGCAUCAUCGGUAGAAACCCAUCUCUCCAUCCAGGAGACAUCCGAGUGGUUGAAGCAGUCGACGUGCCAGCCCUCAGGCACCUUCGUGACGUGGUCGUCUUCCCAAGCGUAGGGGACCGUGAUCUUCCGAGCAUGCUUUCCGGAGGAGACCUCGACGGGGAUGAUUUCUUCGUUAUUUGGGAGCCGAGUCUCAUUCCACCCGAGUGGAACUAUCCGCCCAUGGACUACCAAUCGCCGAAACCGAAGGAACUGGAUAAUGAUGUUCACGUAGCUCACCUUCAGCAGUUUUUCGUCCGGUACAUGAAAAACGACAUCCUCCCGACAGUUGCCUUAGCCCAUCUGGCCCACGCAGACAGUUUCGAUGAUGGAGCCAAGAACGCAAAAUGUAUAGCACUCGCCCACAUACAUUCCAAGGCCGUCGACUAUGUCAAGACAGGUGAACCGGCAGAAAUGGAUAGAUCGCUCAAGCCGCGUCGAUGGCCACACUUCAUGGAGAGGCGAGCUCCUCGUGAUAUGACGUAUCGCUCUAAGAAAGCCCUUGGCGUCAUCUACGAUGCUGUGUGCAACGUAACCUUCACCCCUAGCUACACCGAGUCGUUUGACAAGAGAAUCUUAUCCAAGUGCCCGAAGGAUAACGCACUUCUCAAAAAAGCUCGCCAAAUCAAGACUCAGUACGACAUAACUAUGCGAAGGGUGCUAGGCCAGCGCGAGAUCGCCACCGAGUUCGAGAUCUGGUCAGGUUUUGUCCUGUCCAAACCCCGGGUCGGCAGUGCGUAUAAAGUUCAAGAGGAGGUUGGCCGACAGUACGCCACUAUGAAGCAGCGAUUCCGUGAGCUCUGCUAUGAUGCUGCGGGCGGGAACUCAGAGGAAAAGAUCGACCCUUUCGUCGCAGCAAUGUACAAAGUUACCGAGGAGGAAGUGAAGAUUGCCCUUUAUGAGCGCCGGGAUACCACAAAUAGCGUCUCAAAUGGGCCGAAGCAUAAGAAAAUUGAUGCUAAGUCGAUGCCGCUCAUCAGCUUUCCUUGGAUCUUUCACGAAGUACUCUGCCGGCUGGCAACUGGAAGGUCCGCGAGGACGCAGGCGGAAAAGCCGACCGAGCCCCCCGAGGGAGUUGACCAGGAUCAAGUUACUCGUCUGAAUGAUGGAAGAAUCAUUCAUCGCGGCGAGGUCCUGAACCUUUUCACCUCGAUGGAGGAUGAGGACGAACUUGACGAUGGCUUAUUUUAUGCCGAACAGGGACCUGAGCAGGCCGAUGCUUUGGAGUCCGCGGAACUCGCCGAUCAGGUAGUAGAGGUGGCUAAUGGUCAAACCGGUGGGAGCGAACAGCUUGUUGAACUCCAAGUGGAUUCGGAUACGCAGGAUUCUCCCAUUACGCAGGCACAAGCGGAUGAUGUCGUUUUCGAGACAGAUGGCAUACUUAUUGACAUAAGCGAACCCCCUCAAAUGCCGCAGCAGCAGCCCCGAUUGACAAUGAGCUCGUUGCGACCUAAUACUGAGUUUUCAGUAUCCGGGUCACUGGAGAACCAGGGGCCCCAAGUUGAGCAAUCGCAGUCGAAUACUAGGCCCGAGCUAACAGAUAGAAUCCUCGUCGACAUAGAGGAUAACGGCCUAGAGGAGGAGACGGAGCUGGCCCAAGUUGAACAAUCGCAGUCGAAUACUAGGCCCCCCGAGCAAAUGGAUGGAAUGCUCAUCGACAUAGAAGACAACGGCCCAGAAGGCUCAGUCAGCGGACCACCAAAGGAGAGUGCUCUAUCACUCUUGGCUGAGCUGAUUUAUCAGGGAGACGGAAAUCAACAGGAGCCGGACAACCAGCUACAACCGGAUCCAUUGGUCUCCACGUCAGAGACAUUGACAGAUCUAACGAAUGUGCCAAAUGGUGAUCUAGUUAAUGAGGAGCAGGAAGAUAGCCCUGGCCUCGAAGGAGGAGAGAAUGUGUUGAUAGACUUCGAGUCUCCCAAGAAGAAGCCACAGUUGGAAAGCGAAGACGCAGACGAGACUUUGAACGACAACCAUGCCCAAACGGAAUCUGAUACCAGCACUAUACUCAUCGAUAUCACUCCAGUUAUGAAGCAUGCAGGGCGUGAGACUCCGUCGACUAAUUCGCCUAAUAUCAAGCUCAUGGAGGAAUUCUUCAUGACCGCCAGUGUUAUGAUGGACAAGAGUCAGUUUGAGGGCGGUGAUUCAGGCUCCCGAUUCGGCAAGGGCUCGACCAGUAAUGGCGUGAGCUCUGACACCGAGAGAGUGUGGGGAGCAAAUAUAAAUGACAAAAAAUGCGAGGGGGAGACUGCAGAAGACUCGGAGUCGAAAGGCAGGGUGUGUAUCGACUUGGACCAGCCUGUCGCCGACUCGGAUGUCCUUCGGGGUACUCAUCCGAAGCGUCGAAGCCUUGAAGACACCGAGGACAAGACCUUGGAGUAUUCCUCAUCGAUUACUCCUGAGAUGUUUGAGGUCUGGUAG